CUGUUAAUUAUUACUCCUGUCAUCCAGGUUUGAAGUACAACAGUAAAAAGACGGGUGUUCAGUACGCUAUUGGAGGCCGUUAUGCAAAACCUGGCGAGUUCCCUCAUAUGGCAGCUGUGGGCUGGAAAGCAGCAGUAGGAACAUGGAUCUUCAAAUGUGGAAGCUCUCUAGUUAGUUCCAAGUUCGUCUUAACAGCUGCUCAUUGCACUAAAGUUUCUGAUCGGGAUACCACAGUUGCUGAUGUCGUACCGAAAAUAGUGAGAAUUGGAGACAAGAAUAUUAUUGACCAGUGGGCGAACGGUCUACCACCAACGGAUGUAAAUAUAACAAGAAUCAUAAUACACCCCCAGUACAAAUCACCUAAAAAGUAUUAUGACAUAGCUAUUAUGGAAUUAGAGCAUGACGUAGAAUUUAAUGAUAAUGUCCAACCGGCGUGUUUAUGGACUGAAUUUAAUACUGAUCCUCUUGGACAAGAUGCUACUGUUACUGGAUGGGGCGUCAUAGAGACAGCAAAACGCACAACAUCUCCGGAACUUCAAGCCGCAGUGAUAAAUCUCCUCGAAUCAAGAACUUGCGACGAACUGCUGAGAGAUCGGUUCAACAGACAUUGGUGGGGAAUGCAGGAACAUCAGCUUUGCGCUGGUAAACUAGCUGGAGGGGUUGACUCAUGCCAGGGUGAUUCCGGCGGUCCUCUACAGGUGCGAAUUGACCUGCCUAAGUCGUCUCAAGGAGCAAUGCACUAUAUUGUCGGCAUAACGUCAUUCGGCUUCGAAUGUGCGUUACCUAAUACGCCUGCUGUUUACACCAGAGUCUCUUUUUUUGUUGACUGGAUCGAAAGUAUUGUUUGGAGUUAAGAACAGAUUAUUUUUUCCACAGCGAAACAUGUUAUAAAUGGAGCAAUACUAAAUAAACCAAAUAAUUCAACGGACGUGAAAAAAGGAACUGGUAAUUGCAAUAAUCUACAGAAAUUGGAAACUCGACUUCGUGUGACAAUCCGACAAAAUGAUCCAUGGAACUGGGGCGUUGCAGACGACUUAACAGUAACUGAGCGAAAAUUUAAUGAUUACCAGGUUUUAACGUCAUCACCACAACCUACGGAAAGUAUACCACAACCAGACACGGAAUCCAGCACAUUGAGUGAAUUUGAUCAAAUUUUAGCUGACUACUAUGCAGACGAAACGAAUCCUUGCGUUCAGAAAUUACCUGAAAUGCCCGACUUUAGCAAGCCUGGCAGACGUAUUAGUGAACAAAAAUGUUAUGAAUACAUCUGGGACAUAAAACACCGAGAAGAUCAAAAAGUACACGACGACCUAUGUUCUGUGCACAUAACAGUUGUGGGUGGACAGGAUGCUUUGCCAGGAGAAUUCCCGCACAUGGCAGCAGUGGGAUGGAAAGCAGCUCAAGGAACCUGGAUCUUUAAAUGUGGAAGUUCCUUGAUCAGCUCAAAGUUUGUUAUAACAGCUGCUCAUUGCAGUAUGACUUCUGACAGAGACACUUCGGUCGCUGAUCCUGUACCAAAGAUUGUGAGACUAGGAGACAAGAAUAUUAUAGAUAUUGAAGCCAACGACCUCGAACCAAAUGAUGUAAACAUCAUCAAAAUAAUCGUCCAUCCUCUUUAUAAGUCGCCCAAAAAAUACUACGACAUAGCUCUAAUGGAACUGGAAAAUGACGUGAAAUUCACUUCCUAUGUUCAACCGGCUUGUUUGUGGACUAAAUUUGAUAUAAGUCCUCUUGGAACUAAAGCCAAUGUAACAGGAUGGGGAAUUACUGAAACAGCGAAUCGCACAUCAUCACCAGAACUCCAAGUUGCAGAAAUAGACAUUUUGGAUUCAAAAACCUGCGACGACCUCCUGGUUCCAAUAACGAAUAGGCACUGGGAACGUAUGUAUGACCAUCAUUUAUGUGCUGGUAAUCUGAAUGGAGGUGUUGAUGCUUGUCAGGGUGACUCUGGAGGUCCUUUACAAGUAAAAAUAAACCUGCCUACGUCCUCACAAGGAGCAAUCCACUACCUCAUAGGAGUGACGUCAUUCGGAUUCGAUUGUGCAUUACCUAAUACCCCCGGCGUCUACACCAGGGUUUCUAGCUUUAUUGACUGGAUUGAAAGUAUUGUUUGGAAAUAA